AUGCCAUCUCUUGCUGCUGCUGCACCGGGCUCUGCGAAGAGCCCAACAACGCGUAGACGCCGCCGCGAGGCUGUCAAACCCAAACGGGAGAUGAAGAUCGUCACUGAGCGCGCGGUGUACAUUCCACCACCGCCGCUGUAUACCGAGGAAGGGCUGAUAGAGGCGACGACGACGCUGCUAUUGCAAAAGAUGAUCGCAGACUCGUACGAGCACGGCCGCGAGUUUUGGCGCGAGAACAAGGAGAAUGGUCAUGGGCCUAACGCAGCACAAAAGAAGGUGGACAAGUGGCUUGUUUCUGCAGGGUUGCUCGCCCCAGACGACGAUUUUGCGGACCGAAAUGCGGACGAGGUUAUUGAUCCUACUCCUCCAACAACGCCGACGAUUCCGCGACCCGUCCCGUUUACCCCAUCAACAGACUCGACUUCCAGUCUACUGUUUGCCCCGUCCUCUUCUGGUCCUUCUACUCCACCAUCGCCGUCUCCCGCUCGGACUUGGCACCGUCGUGCCAGCCGUGGGCUCAAAAUCAUCAUCCCGAGACUGUCUGGUUCAAACUUGAAGUCGGGGAUGGAGUCCCCUUCCUCUGCUUCCCCACGCAGUCCGCUGUCUCCGCUCGGUCUCUCCCCGAAACGGCUGUGGAAGGCUGUGCAGAACUCGACGACUUCGCUGCCCCUGCCAAAGCGGCCGAAAUUGUUCAAGCGGGAUAGUACCGCCAGCAUGCCUCCCAUCCCGGCGUCAACUUCCGUCGUUCUUGAACCCGUGAAGUCUCGAUCUGCGGAAAUAGUAAAAGCCUCGCGGCGGCCUUUUAAGCCAUCCGCUGACCCGAAUCAUUCCUUGCUUGAAACUGCCUUUAAACGCGCUGCGAUGCUGCAAACGAUCACCGCAGACGAUGCUCAGGCAAUCAUGGACAGUCAUCGCGCGCCAGCGUCUGACAGGGAACCUUUCCCUGGCGCGUCGUGGUACGUCCCGCCACUUCCAGACCCGAUGCCUGUCUCCGAAACGCCCGCCGUGGCACGCGGUCCGCAGUCGCCACGCUACUCUUAUGUCCCUCUCGAAGAUCCGCGAUCUUUUCGCUGGCCUUCACAGUCUACCGGCGCGUGGUUCUCCCCGCCACCAUCUCCGCUUUUGGACUCAGACGACGAAGACGUUUUCUCAUCUCCCUCGGACUCUCCGUCAGAAGAGCCCGAAGUUUACACGGCGCGGUGGUACCAUCCCAUCAUCCUCGGUCUCAUUGUCCAAUUGCUGCUCUUUGUAUUCACGGCUGUCGCCCUGGUCGGACUGUUCCUCCGCCCAAUUAUGCUCGGUCUCUUGUGUUAUGCGCUGUUUCAACUUUGUCAACUCCGUGGUUACACCCUGUGCUGGUAA